AUGCUGCAGCCCCCGAGAGCCACCAGCCCUGGGGGUACCGCCCCUCUCCCGGCCCGUCCCUUGUGCCCGCACGGGCUCCAGAAUGCCCAAGAUCGGUUAAAAACCCUGGGAUUGACAGGAGCGGCCGCGCUCGGGCUGGGGCGGGGGCCGGGGUUUGUCAAUCCCGGCGCUGCGCCAGGGCUGGCGGCCCUGCCCGGCUGCCUCCAGCAGGGACGGAUCGCGGGGACACCGGAGGGGACUCGGGGUACAGCCGGGGGGCGGGAGGGGCGGCAGGAGCCGCCCGGGGCUCCGCGGGCUCGGGAGCGGCUCCGGCCCCGCUCCGGCCCCGCGGGACGCGGAUCCCGGGCGGAUCCCGGGGCACGUCCGCGGAUCUGCGGCAGCCGCUGCCCGGCGGGCCCGGAGGAAGUUCCCUUUCCCUUUAAAUGCAGAUCCCGGGCGGUGCGGUCGGCGUCCGGCGGGCUCGGGGUGUCCCGCGGGUCCCGGAGGCCGGAGCGGGCCUGGCUCAGGUCAGGCGUUUGCGCAGCCCGGGCGCCGGGGCCAUGGAGGAGCGCCGGAGGAAGCGGAGCCCGCAGCGCUGCCCGGCCCAGCCCGCGUCCCCGCAGGGCCAGCAAGGAGCGGGCGCGGGCGGGCGCGGGGGGCGGCCGGGGGGCCCCGCUGCAGCACAGCUUCCUCACCGAUGUGUCCGACGUGUGCGAGAUGGAGCGCGGGCUGCUCAGCCUGCUCAGCGACUUCCACUCGGGAAAGCUGCAGGCGUUCGGGAAGGCGUGCUCCUUCGAGCAGCUGGAGCACGUGCGGGAGAUGCAGGAGAAGCUGGCGCGGCUGCACUUCGGCCUGGACGGCUGCGUGGAGGAGCUGCCCGAGGAGCAGAAGAAGGCGGCGGCCGACAGGAACCUGGACCAGCUGCUGGCACACCUGGAAGAGCUCAGCAGCUCCAUACAGAAGCUGCACCUGGCCGAGAGCUCGGACCCCGAGGACGCGGCGCCCUGACCCCGAUCCCCCCUGCCCCCGCCCCCGCC